UGACACAGCAUUUUUUGUUUUAAUUACUGAAGAUUGUCCAGAAAAUAUUUUUUGUAUUAAUGAAAUGAUGAACUCUUUCUGGAUAAAACCAUCAGAAAUAAAUGAAAGGAGUGUUAAAGGUGAAGUAAGCCUUCCUCCACCACAAUUUUAUGAACUUGAAAGACUUCAAUUAGCCCUUAAAAAUGAAAAAGGGAAUUUAAAUAAAUUUACAAAUACAACAAAAAUAACUCCGCACAUUUUUAAAAUUAAAGAAAAACAAAAUAUUCAUUUAUCUAUUUUGCCUGAGGAUUAUUUAUAUGAUAAUUUAAAUCCAAAUUUUAAACCAACAAAUAUUCUUCCAUCAAAUGAACUACUUCCACCAUAUUUAGAGGAUAAACAAAUUCACCGAAUUAUUACUCAUUCAACUCCCCCAUAUUUAUUUUAUCAUGGACACAAACUUUUUAUUCAAAAUAUUAACAAAUAUUUUAAACAUUGA